AAUGUCUAUUCAUAUAUCUCGUCUGUGAAUAUAAUUCCUACGCUCGCCGUUCAUAUCGUGGAGGGCAUAACAAAACCUCCAAUUGUUUUACACGGUCGGUAAUUCAGAACAUAUGACAGCAAUUUCCAUAAGGUGAUGGGUCUAUUCUAUGCUUCGUUUGUGGUAAGACUGUAAUUGAAGUUUAAGGUUUCUAACAUACGGUAAUGCAAUCGGACCAAGUAAUCCGAUUAAGCUGGGAUAUUGGACGAAUGCAGAAAUAAAGUAUUUAAGUGAUACAUCCUUUAUUUUUUAAAUGGCAUAAUGGCCCUACGUAAAGUAAAAGGAAAUCUUGAACGUAUGUUCGAUAAGAAUCUCACCGAUUUAGUACGUGGGAUUAGGAACAAUAAAGAGAAUGAGCUUGAAAUGUUUGGAUAUGACAUUAGCUGGGCUGGUUUCAACAUAAUUGAGGUGAUGUCAUCUGCGAAGUUUACAUAUAAACGAAUUGGAUAUUUGGCCGCAAGUCAAAGUUUUCAUGCAGAUACAGAACUUUUGAUGUUAACAACCAAUAUGAUUCGUAAAGAUUUAAAUAGUCAAAAUCAGUAUGAUGCUGGUUUGGCACUGAGUGGCCUCUCUUGUUUCAUAAGUUCAGAUCUUGCACGUGAUUUAGUUAAUGAUAUAAUGACGUUAUUAACAUCUACAAAGCCAUAUUUACGCAAGAAAGCCGUACUAAUGAUGUAUAAAGUUUUCUUGCGAUUUCCAGAGGCCUUGAGGCCUGCAUUUCCUAGAUUGAAAGAAAAGUUGGAAGAUCCUGACAGUGGCGUGCAAAGUGCUGCUGUUAAUGUAGUUUGCGAAUUAGCCAGGAAAAAUCCCAAAAAUUAUUUAAGUUUAGCACCUGUCUUUUUUAAACUUAUGACUACAUCCACUAACAAUUGGAUGCUGAUAAAAAUUAUUAAAUUGUACAUCUGCAAUGUCUCUACUGUACGAAUGUAUAAAUACAGUAAUAGCUGUAUUAAUUUCAAUUUCAUCUGGUAUGCCAAACCAUUCUGAUUCAAUACAGUUAUGUGUUCAAAAAUUGAGAAUAUUGAUAGAAGAUUCUGAUCAAAAUUUGAAGUAUUUGGGACUGUUAGCAAUGUCAAAAAUUUUGAAAACUCAUCCAAAAAGUGUACAAGCCCAUAAAGAUCUUAUAAUGAAAUGCUUGGAUGAUAAAGAUGAAAGUAUAAGAUUGCGUGCCUUGGAUUUACUAUAUGGAAUGGUUUCGAAAAAGAAUUUAAUGGAAAUAGUUAAAAAGUUAAUGGUGCACAUGGAUAAAGCUGAAGGCACUGCUUAUAGAGAUGAAUUACUCUCAAAAAUUAUUCAGAUUUGUUCACAAAAUAAUUACCAAUUUGUUACUUAUUUUGAAUGGUACAUAUCUGUAUUGGUUGAACUUACAAAAAUGGAAGGUACCAAACAUGGACCAUUAGUAGCAACCCAAUUACUUGAUGUAGCAAUUCGUGUCCAAGCUAUACGAAAAUAUGCAGUUCAACAAUGUGCCUUAUUGCUAGAAAAUUCAUACCUUUUAACAGGUCAACCGAGAGCAACAAUGUCUGAAGUUUUAUAUGCUGCUGCCUGGAUUUGUGGAGAAUUUUCUAGCGAACUAGAGGAUCCUAUAGCAACAUUGCAAUCAAUGUUAAGAUCACAAGCUUCCAGUUUACCAGGACAUAUUCAAGCUGUUUAUGUUCAUAAUAUUUUAAAACUUGCAACUGCAACAUUAUGUAAGGCUGAAAAAGAUGGAGAUACAGAGACUAUGGAACAAAUUUUUGCAUUGAAGGAUAAAAUAGCUGCGUUCGUAUGUAGUGGAGAUUUAGAAGUUCAAGAAAGAUCUAGUUCUGUCUUGGUUUUAUUUGAAUGUUUAAAAGAAAGUCCUGGUUUAGCAGAAGAAUUAAUGGAAGCAUUUGAAGGGGAACUUAAUCCUGUUGCUCCAAAAGCACAAAGGAAGGUACCAAUUCCAGAGGACUUGGAUUUAGAUUCAUGGAUCAAUGAUCCACCAUCAGAAAGUUCUGAUUCAGAAGAUUUAGAUAUGAAUGAUAUUUUCAUUAAAACAGAGAAAGUUAAUGAUUCUUAUUCUAAACGAGAAUUUAACGAACCAUCAGCAGAAGAACUUCAGAAACGACGUGAAGCUAGAAAAUUAGAACAACAAAACAAUCCACAUUACUUAAAAGGCACAUUCAAAAAUUCCACAUCAUAUCAUAACUCAUCAAAUAUUUAUGAAGAGUUCGAAAACAUUCCCGUAACAGAGUUAGAUAUUCCUGUUUCUUUAAAAGUUACGAAUCAUCGUAAAAGAUAUAAAAUACAUGGCAAGAAAAACAAGAAGACUAAGAAACGUGAAAAGUCCAUCUCAGAAGAUGAACAAGAUGAUGUUUAUCCUGUUCAAGUUGUGAAUACUGGGAUUGGUGAAUUACCACCAGGUGCAGAACUGAGUGAUAGUGAUGAAUAUGAUCAUGUGGAUGUAAAUGAUCCACACAGAGCUUUAAAUAUUGAUUUAGAUCUACCUUUAAGAGAUGAUGAAAGAUUACCUGUAUUAGAACAUAGAGUUAUUGAAAAUAAUUUAAUUCAAGAAACUACUGAAGGAAAGAAAAAGGAAAAAGGACAUAAAAAAUCAAAGAAAAAAGUUAAAGAAGUUAAAGAAAAACGUUAUGACAAUCAAUUAGAACUUACUGAUAUGUGGUUGGAAAAUAAUACUUCUACAGAAAAUACUCAGCCACCUGUUACUAAUGAAUACACCGAGGUUUUUAGCAAAAAGGAAUCAGGAUGGAAAGAUAAUAAACGCAAAAAGUCAAAAAAUCAUGAAAAGCAUAAAAAAACGGAUGAGGACUCAAAACAUCGAAAAUCAAGAAAAUCUAAAAGUAAAAAAGAAUCUUUAAAAAAAUCUUCAGAUUACGAAGAAACAGCUGGAAUUUCAACACCAUCGAAAGAAAUAUUACCAGAUUUAAGAUAUAAUUUCGCAAAUUCUGAAAAUAAUGCAGUUCUAGAACCAGUUACUUCGUAUGAAGAAUUAGCUAAAAAUAAAAUAUUAUCUAUAACGUAUGAAUUGAAACAAAUUCCUCAUGAGUCAAACAAAUUAGUUGCAUCAAUACUCAUUACGAAUAAUUGUCAAAAUCUUGUAAAGGAAUUAGUUUUUGAUGUUCCAGAUACAUCGUCAUUGAGAUUAAUGAGAAAUAUUGGAGAUGAAUUUGGUAUAAAACUGCCAUUCCAACUGCCUCCACAAACCAGUAAGGAAACACAAUUUACUAUUUUAAUCUCAGAUGUAACAUUUGCUCAGAGAUUGAGAGGCACACUUACGUACAUGUUAGAAAAUAAGGAAAGUACAUUGCAAGAGAAACUUGAUUUUACUAUGCAUUUAACAUGUAGUAAGUUCAUGGUUGGCGACCUAUCACAUAAGGAUAUAUUAACAGAAUUACUUAAAAGUGGACAACUUGUACACAAAAUCAGAAAAGAAAUUGUCCUUUCUCAAGAUUUUGAUGUUAUUCUAAAUUUAAUUUGUUGUAAAUGUAAUCUUACACUUGUGGAACAAAUCACUGAUACAGCGUCUUUAUACGGACACUCCUUGAAAGGACAUCAUGUGUGCCUUUUAUUAAAAUAUAACAAAUCAUCAGCCAAUUUGAUAAUUGAAGGUAAAGGUGACAAUAACACAUUAUUGUCAGGAAUUGGAGAGGAAAUUUUAAGGAUUCUAACAUAAUACUGAAAUAAACUAAAGUGUCCAUAUUUUACAAGUCCUAUCCUCAGUUUGCAUAACUUAAUAGUAAAAUGAACAUUCGAUAUUAUAUAUAAAAUAAUGGCUAUAGAAUUCGUAUCUGCAAACUUAUCAAAUAUUUUCAGAAAAAAUCUUAUAAUCUAUAUAUCUAAACUUUACAUCUAAUUUAGGUGAACAAGUUUCUAACGUGUGCAUGCAUAUUCAUGUAUAUGUAUAAAUAGACACACAUAUAAUUAUCUAUAUGUGUGUGUGUAAGAUGUUUUAAGAAGAGGGAAGAGAGAGAUCUAUUGUCAGGAAUUGAAGACAUCAGAAUGAAAGUAGUUUAUUUCAUUUGCAUGCAAUUUUAGUGCAAUAAUAAAAUAGAAUAUAAUAAAAUAAAAUAUUUUAAUGAACUUAAUCAUAACUUCAAAUAAUAACAAGUUUUUUGUGUAAUUUAUUAUAUGUAAAUAUUACAUAUUAGUAAUGAUUUUUUUAAAAAAUUGAUCGUAUUUCAUAUAAAUAAAACAUGUUUGUAUAGCUCAUAAUAUUGAAAUAUUAAACUAUUUUGCCAAAGUGAAGAAUAAGCAUAAUAAACUUUUUAUGUGAAAAAAUAUUAUUUGUAAAAGUAUUCCUCUGUAAAAUAUUGUAAUAAAUUACAAAUAUUGUAUAUUAAAAAUUAACUACUUAUCACUGAUAUCUUCAAUUUUGUGUUAUUGAAAGAUUAAUAUCAUAAUAACAUUGAACUACUGAUUAAAUUGUAAAAUACAUCCUGGAUACUCGCGACUCGUAUGAAUGUACAUCGAUGUUUCUCAGCGGAGCGUAUACUUUCUGCAUGUAAUGACUGUAAUAUCAAUAAUUUAAUACAUAUAAGGAUUUAUGCUAAGCAUAUAAAUACGCAAUACAGUAAUACAUGAAACACCAAAUGUACAUAGCUAACUUGUAUGUAAACAAUAUCUUUAUUUUAAAUAUCUUCCAAAAAUCAAUCUUAUUUACAUGAAAAAGUGUUUUUACAAAAUAAUUUAAUGAUACAUUAUUCUUUUCUAUAUCAACAUCAAGUUUAUCAUUUGAAAUUAUAAACAGUAAAUAAGUACUGAUGAAUAAUUCAGAAUAUUAACAGUAUAAAUGCCAGUAAAUGAUUAAAAUGAUAUAAAAAUUGGAAGUAAUAUAUCAAUAAUCAGACAUAUUUAAGACAUGGAGAGUAGAAAUAUUAUGUAUCAGUAAUAUAAGUAUUGAAAUUUUAUUAAACAUCUUAAAUAAUUUCUUUUUAUGCAAACUCUUCAAUUAUUUUUUUUAUUGUUAUAUCUGAAGAUAUAAAUUGCAUAUUUAUUAUAACAUUUACUGUGCCAAAGGAAAUUAAUCAGUAACAACUUUAAUUUUCAAACAUAAUAGUAUAAAGAUAUAUUUAAGCCAAAUAAUUUUUUGUUUUUUCUUUUUUGCAUUUAUAAUAUAUAAUAGCAAAUAUAUCAUUAAUUUAUGAAGAUUAUUGAC